CAAGACUUCAUCAAGCAGAGCACUGGCGGGCUCCAGCACACUGGAGGCCACAGACCAGGGAGAUGAGUCCUCUGGACGGGGAGAUGAGUCCGGUGGCCGAGGAGGCCCUGUGUGUGAGUGUGAUGUGGCCGUGUCGGCCUACGCUCCACGCGCUGUGCUCCAUACGCUGUGCUCCAUAAGGGAGACGUAUCAAUGCCAUGGCGUUAGCUGCCUGUUCCCUGUGUAUGUUUUUCUGUAGACGGGCCCGCGGGCCCAGCGUAGUUUCUCGCCCCCCUUCAGCAGACAGCAGACAGCAGACAGCAGACAGCAGACAGCAGACAGCAGACAGCAGACAGCAGACGGGCGACAGUAGACAGACAAUGCUGGUGACAAGGGCGCUCAGGAGGGCUCUGCUGUACCUGGUGGCUGCUCUGGCGCUCCUAUGGUGUCUCUCCAGGGCCAGGCAGACGGCCAGCCACGACGCAGUUAGAAGGUGCUCUGUGCUAUGUGAUGGGACACGGUUGGACUACACCGGCAAUAGGCCUUCUUCGUGGGUCAGAGGAGACUACCUGACGCUCAAGACAGUGGGGCAGGUUAAGAUCGUGGACGGCGAGAUCGUGUACACCCCUGGAGCGGUGCCGGUGGAUGUGGUGUUCAACAGCGCUGUUGAUCCUCGUGAUGAGUGGACUGUACUGCCUACACCGCUGCGCACGUCAGGGACGGUUCCGGUGUUUCUGACGGUCAAGUCAGGUGAGCGUGUCCACAGGGACACGAGGCCUGACAUCAGGAUGGAGGACGGUAAGCUGAAGAUCUUGCAGCUGGCAGAUUUGCACCUGAGCUCGUUUGAUGGCGUUUGCCGUGAUCAGUACCCUCAGAUCUCUGAUGAGUGUAAAGCCGAUGAGAGAACGAUGGUGUUUGUCAAUAAGCUAUUGGACAUCGAGAAGCCUGACCUGGUGAUCUUCACGGGCGACCAGGUGUUUGGAGAGGACUCGUUCCAUGUGCAGAGCACGGUUUUGAAGCUGGUUGCGCCUUUAAUUGAUAGGAACAUCCCUUACGCUGCGAUGUUUGGGAACCAUGACGAUGAAGGCUCAAUGACAAGAGAGGAGCUCUGUGCUUUCUUUGAGACUCUUCCGAUGUCGCUGGUGGAGAGAGGUCCCUCAGAUAUCGACGGCGUGGGCAACUACGUCUUGUCAAUUCCAAGAGAUGACCCUAAACUCACGAUAUACAUCAUGGAUUCUCACAAGUACUCACCGAAACCAAGACAGCUACCAGGGUACGACUGGAUCAAGGAGAAUCAACUUGAGUGGAUCAAGCAGAGACACCAAGAACUCGGCAACACCGACCUUUCAAUGGCAUUCUUCCACAUCCCAUUGCCUGAAUAUACAAACCUGGCUCAAGGUUACGUUGGAAACUUCAAAGAGGGCAUCACAGCACCAAAGUACAACUCUGGUGCAAGAGAUGUAUUACAAUCCCUGGGAGUAUCGGUUGUAAGUGUCGGACAUGACCAUUGUAAUGAUUAUUGUUUGAAGGAUGUUAAGGAAGACGAGGGCAUUUGGCUAUGCUAUGGAGGUGGAGGUGGUGAAGGUGGCUAUGGUGGAUACGGUGGUACGACGAGACGUGCGAGGGUCUAUGAGAUCGAUGGCAAGACGAUAACCACCUGGAAAAGACUGGAGACUACACUGGAACUGUUUGACAGGCAAGUUCUAGUACGAGAGGGCACCCCGGUAUGAAACACCACCAGGAUUAAUUAAUACUGUAAAUAAUUCUCCUCCAUGAUAUCCUUCAUAUUUGCCACAAGUAGUAAUACACCAUAUUGGAACUGUGGGUAAUGCUGUGUAAAGAACAAUGGGAAUACCCUUCUUUGUCGUAUCUGUGAAACGUCAUCGGUAAUGAUGGAGUAACUUCCAAAGAACUGUAUCUUGUACCGUAGUGGCACGGCAAGGUAAUGGGAAAGUAACAACGUCAUGUGCGCCAAAUAGCCUAAUGAUGCAUUGAUCUCAUUAUGGAUUGGAGAUUCAAUAUGGUUAAGGGAAACUGAACGUGGCAAAAGGUCAAAUUCUGGUAUCUCUAACCAAUGUGCAAUAUCCUCCAGUGGGAAAAUGGAUUUCACCUCCUUGAUGACCUUAGUCCUCUCCACAGUAAACUCGUUCAGUGUAGUUUCAUGUUGAAUCAGUAGAUUUGAAAAGUCACCACGC